UAAGAGAGAUAUAUAACGCUCCAUCCCUCCUCCAUGGGCGGCUGUGCGAGCAAACCCAAUGAAGUCGAUGGCCUCGCGCCCCAAGCACUUCCCGCCGAGCAAACGACCCCCGUCGACGUGACUGCAUCACCAACCGAGGCCAACACCGCAAAUGCCGAGGAACCCUUGGUUGACCUCUCCACGCCAAAGGCCGAGGAAACCGACUCUGCGCCCGCGGCGGCAGCUGGUGAGGAGCUGGCUGCUGAGCUGAAGGCUGAGUCGAGCGAGGAGGAGGCGCCCAAGGAAGGAGAAGAAGAAAAGAAGGCUCCCGCCGAAGAGGAGGCCGCGAAGAAGGUAGCUGAAGUCGUCGUCGAUCACCCGUUGGCUAGCUCAGAGAAGGAGGACUCGAAGAGCAGCUAAAGCUUCAGCAAGAUAUAAAAGCUCCAUUGUGGAAUUAUUUGAUGAAUUUUGUUAUUGGAGCUACAUAUGAAGAAUGAAAUGCUGAAAUUGUACUCGGUUUGAUCAUUUAUAAUGUGAAAUUUGGGGCUUAAAAGAAA